AUGGCAGCCGAAGCACAGAACAAUAACACAAGGAUAACCGCCGGCGGCAAAGAUAAGCUGGUUGUCGAUCGUGAAAAGACGGUUCCUUUCUUAUUACGAAUGUUUUGGCGACAAGGCAACCACCAUCGCCCUGACGAUUAUACGCCCGAACAUCUUCCAACUGAAAAUGAAGUGCAAAUAUACACUUGGAAGGAUGCUACUUUAAAAGAAAUCGCAAAUCUUUUCAGAGAAGUAAAUGGCGAGGCUAAUCAACCAAAUGCACGUUUAUCAUUUAAAUUGGUUUAUGUUGAUAAUUUACGUGGAAAAUAUACGUUUAAAGAUUUAGGUAUGGUACACAACCUGACCUCAUCCUCUGAAGAUGGCACAAACCUUGAUGAUGCAAGAUUCGUUAUUGGAGAUUUUCUAGAUGUAGCCAUCUUCUAUGGCCCGCCACCUAGAUCAAUUGAAAGGCGAAAUAGCCUUGCAAGAGAUAGAAACAGGGAUCGGCUGAUAGAGAUAGAAGGGAUGAAAGGAGGGAUGGUCGAAGCUUUAGGGAUAGAAGGAGAUAAAUUUUACUUGAACUUUUUUUUAAACGUUUCAGAUUUACUUAAGCUCUACUACCAGACUCAGUGCUUUGGAUUUUUAUAA